CUGUUUUCAUAUUCAGAGGGUGGUGAGGCAACUUUGGGUAUAGCUUUGGAUUGGGUGGUCUAAAUAGCGUGGUUCAUGUCUAUCCAUGUAUGUCUAUGGGUUUCCUACCAUCUGCCGUAGUUUGGUGUUGAUCCCCUCAGCUGUUAUCGUUCGAGGGUCUCCCCUCUCUCUCCCCCAGCUGAUACUUCACAGGUGCGUGCACAAUAGCUUGCGCAUUUCACCAUCCUACCUCCCGCUUUUUCAGAAUAUGGUACCACUCAAUGAGACCUUUCAAAUAGCUGUAGUUUAUGUGCUUUAUUUUUGUUGUUUUCCUUUUUGACUUAUGACUACUGUGUUUUUG